CACAGGGACAGACAUGAAGCUGCAGCAACCGUCCAGCCCGGUAAACCAUUAUGCCACUCUCCGCCGACUCUACGAGAACUGCCACGUUGUGCAAGGCAACCUGGAGAUCACCUAUCUGCCGUCUGAUGUGGACACGUCUUUUCUCAUGAACAUCCGAGAGGUUCAGGGGUACGUGCUGAUUGCCAAGAACCAUGUGCGUCACCUGCAGCUGAAGAGCCUCCUCAUCAUUCGGGGGACGCAGUUAUAUGAGGACAAAUACGCUCUGGCUGUCCUGGGAAAUGCGGAUCCCAACGAGAACGUGGGAUUGCAGGAGCUGGGCAUGUUGAAGUUGACAGAGAUUCUGAAAGGUGGAGUAAUUGUUCGUGAAAACCCACAACUGUGCUUCCAGGAGACCAUUGAGUGGAGCGACAUCUUCCACAAACACAAUAACUGGAACAACGACAUAGACAUCAGUUACGUCGGUCGCCGUCGGAUGUGCCCUGACUGCAAACGCAUCUGCCCCAAUGGCCACUGCUGGGGUGAAGCAAGGCAGAGCUGCCAGACAAUGACCAGCACGAUCUGCGCCAGCAGCUGCCCGAGGUGCAAGGGGCGGCUCCCCACAGAUUGUUGCCAUGAACAAUGUGCGGCAGGCUGCACGGGACCCAAGCACUCCGAUUGCCUGGCCUGCCUACACUUCAACCACAGCGGGAUCUGUGAGCUACACUGCCCACCCUUCUUCCACUACAUCCAGGACAACUAUGAGUCUGUUCCCAAUCCAGAUGGACGGUAUACCUUUGGAGCCACAUGUGUCACUGAAUGCCCUUAUAACUACUUGACUGCAGAGGUUGGAUCCUGUACCUUGGUGUGUCCUCAGAACAACCAGGAGGUGACGGUGGGCGGUGUUCAGAAGUGCGAGAAAUGCAGCCAGCCCUGCCCAGAAGUCUGCUAUGGCUUGGGGAUGGAUUUCCUGAAAGGAGUCCGGGCUGUCAACGCCUCCAACAUCAAGCACUUUGUCGGCUGCCCCAAGAUCUUUGGCAGCUUAACCUUUCUGAAAGAGACCUUUCUAGGGGAUCCUUCCACAAACACCCCGCCUCUGGCUCCGGAACAACUUCAAGUCUUUGAGAGCCUGAAGGAUCUAACAGGUUUCUUAUUCAUUGAAUACUGGCCAGAAAACCUCACAGACUUAAGCCCCUUCCAGAACCUCCAGGUGAUCCGGGGACGAGCACUCUAUAAUGGGGUGUACUCUCUGACUUUGCAAAACCUCUCCAUCUCUUCGCUGGGCCUGCGUUCCCUGCACGAGAUCAGCAGCGGGAUGGUGCUUGUCCACCACAACCACAACCUCUGCUUCAUCCAGAACGUGCCAUGGGAAGACAUCUUCAGAAACCCCCGACAAAUGCUCUUCCACAACGACAACAAGCUGGCGGAACAGUGUGAGCUCCACGGCCAGACCUGCUUCUCCCUUUGCUCCAAAGGGCACUGCUGGGGACCCACAGCGACCCAGUGUGUAUCGUGCAGUGGGUUUCUGCGUGGUGAGGAAUGCGUGGAGAGCUGCAACGUUCUGGAUGGGGAUAGCCGAGAACACGUCAAUGGAACGCGGUGCCUUCUGUGCCACCUGGAAUGCCUGCCCCAGAAUGGGUCGGAGACCUGCUAUGGAUCGGAGGCAGAGCAGUGCGUGGCAUGUGCCCACUAUAAAGACGGCCUCUCUUGCGUGGAGCGUUGCCCCAGCGGCGUGAAAGUUGAUGCCUCUUUUGUGCCCAUAUGGAAGUAUCCUGAUGAGGAGGGCAUCUGUCAAUUCUGCCCAGUCAACUGCACCCACUCGUGA